AUGGCCUUUCCGUUGGGAAAGCAGCUGGAUCGGGCAGGAACUGUGUACCCGCACGACAACACCUGGUCCAUCUUCGCGAUGAAAGAUAUCACCGUGGAGUUUGUCCACGUCAUGACAGGUUACUAUGAAGGUCAGGUUUCGCCCUUCGACAUCAACAUCGCGGUACAGAGUCAGACGAGUGGAGCGGCGCGAAGCAACGCGAUGCCGCUCUUCGUGAUGCUCUGCGUGCUGUUAUUGAACUGCGUGCCGCAUCUUUCGUGA